UACAGGAAAACCUUUCACCUUACUUUGUUAAAAGAAAUGUCAUUUUCUUACCAAUUGUUAACGGCUUUCUCCGAGAAGGGCGAAUUAAUUUACUAUCCCAUUGUGUCAAUUUAAUUGGAAAUGAACCUCCACUUGAACUAAAUGAACUGCAUAAAAUACAGAAAAGGAGACCUGUAAUUUGCCUGGUUUUGUAAAGUAGCAAAGAAAAGAGACCUCGGCAGUUACCCAGUGAUCCUGAUUAGAGAGAAUCAAUAUGACCGUACCUAAUUUUGCCACAACCAAAUUCACCGCUACCUUUAGCACAUUUACUGUCUUAUAUUUUCCUUUUCAUGAUUAUAUUUUUUCAGGCUCAUAGAUUCACAAGAGCAUCUGAAUCCUCAACAAAGGCAGGAAGAAAUUAAGUAUAGACCUGUGGCGUGAUUGUAAGUUCAGUGGAGGAGACAUGCAGGAGGAAUAAGCGUUACACACUUGGACAUUUCCUUUAUUGUGCCUGACCCAGUUAUGUGUUUGACAAUUGUGCCUGACCUAGUUAUGUGUUUGACAAUGGUGCUUACUUGCCCGUGGCAGCCACAACGUUUAGAUGCAUGCAGAAGGAAAUCUUGUGAGGUUAUGUUCUUCUAGACUGAGUGUGAAGGAACUUGAUAAUUGAAACCAUUUGACAUUAAUCAAUAUAAUAUCAAAUAUUGCAAUUUAACCACCCAUCAAAUUUUCUUUGUGUAAUCAUUUGCCUCGUUUUUUAUUUUGUUUAUUUCUUAAAACUGACAUACAUAGUAAACAGAUGAUAUGUUAAGUUGAAGAUCACUUUUUGAAACAAUUAAAGUGAAAAUCAAGACGAGAAGUCAAGACAGAAAAGACAGCAGAUUUAAUUUAUCACAUCAAGAGAAUGGAUGGCCUUUUUGGAUGGCUGUUCUUGGAUCUAUCAGCCUCGACAUGGGCAACUUUGUUUUUAGUCGCCACUGUGAUUGGGAUAGCAAUUAUAGAACGAUGGUGGCACAUGGGAAAACUUGAACGUCUUGGUUAUACAGGUCCUCCCAAAAACUUUCUGUUUGGAAACCUGAAGGAAAUAGCUGCCUUGAAUACCAAUUUCCAAGAUGGUUGGAAAGAGAUCAUUGACAAAUAUGGAAGUCAGGUGGGAAACUUAGAAGGCAAAUCAAUGGCACUCUACACUGGCAGAGUACCUUGUAUUAUCGUCACAAAUCCAGAAGUCAUAAAAUAUGUCGGAAUCCGUGCCUUUGAGAAAUUCAGAAACAGGUCGUUCAGGUUAAUACUCAAUAAGGAUUUGCUCUCCCUUCGAGACGACCAUUGGCGAUCUGUGAGAUCCACACUCAGCCCAAGCUUCUCCCAGGCCAAGAUGAAGCUUGUUCGGCGGACAGUUGAUGCAUUGCAGCUGAUGCUGGAAGCAGCCCAACUCGUUUCCUCAGAGGAGGCCGAGAAGAAGAGUCCAAAGACCAAUUCCAGUGUUAAUCUCAGCAAUGGGAAAGAAGAAGGUGGAGGAAAGCGACUGCAGAAUGGCAGAAAACUGGACAAAAGGGAACCGAAAAUGACGGAGGAGGAAUUGGCAGAAAAUGCCAUCUUUUUCCUAUUAGCUGGAUACGAGACGAUUUCCACUAUGCUUUCCUACACGACGUAUUUGCUGGCCAAGCACCCAGAUGUCCAGCAACGCCUCUAUGAGGAGAUUGUCCAGCAUCUCAGUAAGGAGGAGGUAGUUACUUAUGACACGAUCAACCAGCUGGAGUAUCUAGACAUGGUUGUGAAAGAGUCAUUACGAAUGUAUCCACCAAUAGUAACGUAG